UUCCUUUGUUUUGUUUGCCAACACAGUGUGCAUGGUUAUUCCUUACGUCAAUCGCAGCGCUGAGAAAACCAAGGCCAUUUCAUCUAGAAUUGAACAAGUUUCGAAGCCCUUAGAAUUAAAUGCUUAACCGGUGAAAUCGGAGGUCUACGUCCUACUCUAAACAUUGUUGCAGUACUGGUGCAAGAAAUGAUGGCGAACUCCAGCCUCAAUAACAAUUCAUCGGAUGCUUUUGGUAACCCCUCGCAAGUGUUUACAUCAUCAAGCGAAAGCUUUGAGUUUAAAGUCAUCAAACUUUUCUUUUAUGCCUUGAUUUUCCUAUUAAGCGUCUCUGGGAAUACUCUCGUCUGCUCUGUUAUCAUAAAAAGACGCCGAAUGCGAACUGUCACUAAUUAUUUCAUACUAAACCUCGCAGUGGCUGACCUGGCAAUAACCUGUGUCUGCAUUCCGUUUGACAUACCAGUUCAAGAAAAUAAUUACAGAUGGAUUUAUGGUUCUCUGAUGUGCAAGCUUUUGUAUCCUCUGCAAACUAUUGCUGCGCUUGUUUCCAUCCUUACUUUAGUGGCUGUGAGUCUUAACCGGUUUUGGGCGAUUGUCUACCCGCUGCGAAGCCAGCUUACCAAACCACGUGCAAAAGCUAUCAUUUCCGCAGUAUGGGUGUUAUCAACAUUGAUCACUCUUCCUUAUAUCUUAGUGUUGCGCCUUGACGAAAAUGUAAUGAGCUGCGAAGAAAUCUGGCCUAAGAAUUUCAAUUACCGGAGAGCUUACACCUUGUCACUUUUCCUUGUUCAAUACGUAACUCCUCUGAUGAUUAUGGCCUUCGCGUACCUUAAAAUCGCGCACGAGAUGCGCAAAUGCGUUCAGAAAACUGAUUUGAUUAAUUCUGACCGAGUCCUCGUGGACUCGCAGCGUCAAAAAGAGGCGAGGCGUGUUGUACGCAUGUUGGUCGUAGUCACCACUCUCUUCGCUGUCUGCGUUCUGCCGAAUAAUCUCAUGUGGCUCUGGCUGGAUUUUGGAAACGGAGCAGAGUAUGAACAUUUCUGGGAUUUGGUCGCCGUGACAAACAUUAUACUAUUUGCCAACAGUGCAGCUAACCCAAUAGCCUACACUCUUUGUAACGAAAACUUCAGAGAUGAAUUUCGGCUUUACUUAUCAUGCGAUCGAGAGAUGUAUAAGUCGAUCCUGGCGAUAUCCUCCCCUCAAAAAACGACCUGCUUGAGUUAUACAGAAGUACUGAUACAAGCCCAGAGGCAAUCGGCGAAGGCGAAAAAGCUAAACCAGAUACUGAAAGAGACUCGAGAAACUGAUGUGUAACACAACUAUCCAAACUGAUACCGCGAUCGUUUCCUGAUAGAUAACUACUUUUCUGUAAUUUGAUUAAGGAAUGGUAAAAGAAGAUCUUCCCCUUGGAAACUAUUUUAUUUUAAUUUCCAUGAUUGAGAAGUAUGUGUUUCAAUGAAAUACUUGUGAGAGGAUUAUCACAACCUUUCUAAAAUUGUCUGAAAAUAUGCUUAAUGUAUUCCUGAAAUAGACAAUG